AUGAAGACCUUCGUCACUCUCGCUGCCUUUGCUGCCGGCACUAAUGCCUUGGUUGGCCGCAGCAACUCCUGCUGCUUCCACCUGACUGCUUCUGGUGGUGUCUCAGGCUCGAUCGGCCAGCUGGACGAUGGUCAGACCCGUGUUGGAGACAACACUCUGUCGCCGGCUCAAUUCUGCCUCGACUCGUCCAACGGCACUAUCACGGAUAGUAAGGGUCGUGGCUGCUGUGAUGAAGGCGCUGCGCCCACCGCGGGCUUCUCUAUCGACUCCCAGGGCGAGCUGGAGUUCCAAGGCAGCGAGAACUUCAUUGCUUGUGAGACUGGCGAGAGAAAUGGCCGGAACAUCUACACCACUGACAGCUCCGAUGUCACCAUGUGCAAGCCCGUGAACCUGCACGCUGACUCGUGCUCGAGCUCUGGUGCUGGCGCUUCUUCGUCUGCCGUGGUCACUCCCGUUCACUCGACUGUCUCGGUCUCAUCUGUCCCGGCUUCUUCUGUCCCGGCUUCUUCUGUCUCGGCGUCCUCUGUCCCGGCUUCCUCUGUUCCGGUCUCAUCUGUCCUGGCUUCCUCUGUCUCGGCUUCUUCUGUCUCAGUUUCAUCUGUCCCGGUUUCCUCUGUCUCGGAUUCUGUGCCCGUUUCAUCUCUUCCGGCCACCGAGUCUACUCCUGCCGCCUCGCCUUCGGGAUACCCUGGCUCAGGCUCAGGCGCCGGCUCCGGCUCCUCUGUUACGGUCACUGAGUCUACUCCUGCUGCGUCGCCUUCGGGAUACCCUGGCUCAGGCUCAGGCGCCGGCUCCGGCUCCUCUGUUACGGUCACUGAGUCUACUCCUGCUGCGUCGCCUUCGGGAUACCCUGGCUCAGGCUCAGGCUCUGGCUCCGGCUCCUCUGUUACGGUCACUGAGUCUACUCCUGCUGCGUCGCCUUCGGGAUACCCUGGCUCAGGCUCAGGCUCCGGCUCCGGCUCCUCUGUUACGGUCACUGAGUCUACUCUUACCGCCUCGCCUUCAGGAUACCCUGGCUCCGGUCCCGGUUCCUCUGUUUCGGCCCCGGCUGGCUCGGGUAGCCCCCCUCUGGCGGGAUCGCCGUACACCGUGCUCACCACGGUGACCGUCACUGACUGCAGCUGCUCUUCUACCCCUGGUGCUCCUGCUCCUGGUGGCGCGUCGUCUGUUCCUGGCUCGCAGCCCUCUGGUCCCGUCAGCUCCCCGGCCCCGGCUUCCACUCCCAUUGUUUCGUCUCAGCCUGGUGGCCCUGCUAGCACUCCUGCUUCCUCGUUCACCGUCUACCCUUCGGUCCCAGCUAGCGGCUCCAGCGUCCCUGCUAGCUCGCCCUCGGUUGCUCCAUCUGCCACCGGGUCGUCCAGCGGCAGCUGCCCUACUGAUCUCUCUGGCGACUAUGAGUUCCCGCACCUGAUUAUUCCCGUCGACUCGUCCUCGCCUGACACUGCCCCCGGCACCUCGUACAAUGGCACUGUGACCUCUUCCAUCUCCAGCCUGUUCAAUUUUGACAUCCCCUCGUCGGAUGCCGGCAAGACCUGCAGCCUGGUGUUCCUCUUCCCCGAGAAGCAAGAUCUCGAGACCUCGUCUUACAGCUUCAGCGGUGACGGCCAGAUCGAUUUCGCUCAGCUCUCAUCGCCCGCCAGCUCUUCCACCUCGUACAGCAACAUGCCAUCGGUCUCUCAGGACUUCGGUACGACCACCGUCUCGCCCGGCAACUCGUAUGUGAUUUCCACCUUCUCGUGCCCCGCUGGCCAGACUGUCGGCUACGAGAUGAAGAACGCUGGUUCAACCGACCUCAACUUCUUUGAGGACUACAACCCCUCGCCUCUGGGUCUGUACAUCACCGUCUGCUAA